GCCGCCUUCACUCCCUCGCUCACACUCACUGCGGCGCGCUACGCGCACUCCACCGCUGCGUCGCCGCUAGAGAGACGCGAUGGAUUUAUUCCUGCACUAGAUACAUGGGAAAUACGCUUUUACUCUGUUUUAAGGUAUGACCCAUGAGCCAAAGUCUCCAUCAUUAGGAAUGAUCUCCGCUGCACCAUGCACCAUGGCCACUGUAAGCCCCCUGACCCCUUCCCCCAUCAGCGGGGCAAUGGUAGCCAACGGAAGCCCGGCGUCCCAGUCGGCACACUCUGGAUUUGCUGCCGCUCUCCGCAAGCUAGCUAAACAGGCCGAAGAUCCAAGAGGUUCCAUUAGUAGCGAGUCAUCACAUGUUUCCUCCCCCGUGACCAAUCACAUUUCUCCAGUCGGUACGCCGAAACGGAUUGCAAUGGGUACGAGCUUGGGCCCUCCCACUAGUACACCACCUGUGGUCACCAUCGCCCCGACUAAAACAGUCAAUGGCUUUUGGAGGUCUGAAGGCCGUCAGGCUGAAGCAGGAUUGAGAGUGUCAGGUCAGGAGCGUUUGCCCUCAGACCGGCCUCUUCCAGCCCAGGAGAAGACCUCCCUCUCCCUUCCUCCAUACCUGGCGGGCACCCAUCCUUUCAGCAUGACCUCGAGCACUCUCAUGCAAGACCCUCGUCUUCAGACUCACCUGCAACGACACGUUCCUCACAUGCUACUAGCAGGAGCUCAGGAGGAGUAUCUUCGUGACGGGUUCCGUCCGUACGCCUCGGCAGAAGAGCUGCGUAUGCCGGUGCUUCCUCUAGGGCUCGGCCCGGGGGCUGCAGCUGAUGCUCUUGCAUACUUUCACUCAGGAUAUUUACCACAUCCCUCUCUCGCCUCAUACAGGAUGGAAGACUACUACAAUCUGUCUGCCCUCCGCUCGUAUUACCACCAGCUUCCAGAAGGUGGAGCCAUGCAAGCCCUGCAUCCCUCCGCUGUUCACCUGCCGGUGCCGGGAGGGUUUUACCACGGUGACAUCGCACAUCCAUCGCUCAGGGCUCUUCACUCAGAGAGGCUGCAGAUGGAAGAAGAUCUUCGCCAGCACGAGAGAGAAAAGGACCGAGAUAAAGAGAGAACGCGUGAAAUCGAACGGGAGCGGCAAUGGGAGCGCGAGGUGCAGAGGGACAAAGAGAGAGAGAGAGACAUGGGACGGGAGAUGGAGAUUAAGAAGGAGAGGGUGAGAGAGAUGGAGAAACGCUACCUGAGCCACGAGGUGCACACGAACCAGCACUCGAUCUCUCACGUGAACUCUCACUCGCUGGGUCAUCCGUUCACGCACCGGCAGCCGGUGAAGGACAGAGCCAAGCCGGAGGACAGACUCACUGCUAAUAGACCGGACAAAACCAAAGAACCUUCGUUGCUCGUAGCUCCACCCGGCCCGUACGCACCUUCUGGAGGUCCACCUUCCAUCUCAGCCUCAGGCCUUGGAUCCUCUUCAGGGCUCCAGUUUGGAUCAGGUCCUGGAAAAGCCCAUCGGCCCAUGAUAACUCCCAUGAUGCUCCAGCAGCCCGAUGAGGAGGACAGAUGGCUGGCCAGACCGAGAGCACUUAAGGUGGAGAAGGUGGACAGACAAGGUCAGGUGCUGUCAGAGUUUCCCCAGCAAGUUAGGGAGAAGCGUCAGGAUCCGGGACGACCCACUGAACCGACAGAAACGCACAGAGAAAGGUACAGCGGACACCAUAAUGACGUAGGUGUCAGAGACCAACCUCAACCCCUGGGUGCACCGCCUCCGCUAAUAUCCCCGAAGCCUCAGGCUCGAGACCACCGCCCAUCCCCUCCCACUCUCUGGAACCCCGUCUCCCUCAUCAACUCCGACCGGCCCCUAUCCCACAUCCAUCCUUUCUCAAGGAACACCAAACCUAAACCUCAAGAAGAUGAGUCAAGGCAGCAAGGCGCCUCUGAGAAGACCACCUCCAUGCCGAUCAACAGCCUCCUUGAUUCUGGUAAAUAUCUGGCCGAGCUUGAGAAGUCAACCAGAAGUUUUUUGAGCCAGCAGAGGAACUUCUUCUCUCAGUCUGGAUUUAGAGACUACGGGCAAACUCAGGGGUCAGGUUCUCAUAGGCUGGCUGUUGAAAGAUCAGACCCCAUGAUGGUGUACGACCAGGCUCUGCAGCAACACAGGAGGCUGGUCAGCAAACUAGACCUGGAGGAGAGGAAACGCAGAGAAGCAAGAGAGAAAGGAUAUUAUUAUGAAUUGGACGACUCUUAUGAUGAAAGCGAUGAGGAAGAAGUUCGAGCUCACCUGAGAAGAGUUGCUCAGCAACCUCCUCUCAAACCAGAUGCAUCGAAAGAGAAAAUGGAGUUUCUGAAUAUAUUCGGUGUGACCACCCUUUCCAAGCGUGAUGAGCUUCUGGAGAUAAAGAGGAGAAAGAGAAGGAGACUUAUGCUGGAGAGAAGCCCGUCACCUCCAGCGGUGCAGAACAAACGAAAAACCCCCUCUCCUCCCCAACCUCAUCUCACAACACGCUUCACUCCAGAAGAGAUGGACAACACCAGUGAACUUGAGGACAAGAAGCAUUUCCUCAGUAUGUUCAGCUUGAACCACAUCAGCGUGGAGGAAAGAAAAGAAAAUGAGAAGAUCACAAGCUUGCUGGAAGCCAUCAAACAAAAAAACGUAACUCUGGACUCGCUCAGAUAUGCCUCAGAUACUCCUUGUUUUAGCCCGUCAGAUACCUCACAUCAGUCAACUAGUAAUGGUCACCCUGAACACGUAAAUAGCUCAUCCGACAACCUUCGAUUUGAAGACCCUCCACCGCUGGCUCCUCUCAAAGCUUCAUGCCAACCCAAGGAGGCGUCUCCCGUCAGAAGGGUUACAAGCCUGCAGGCCAGUGCUCGGCCGCUCCUCGCCCCACCCAAGGAUCACCCUCCAGGGCACAAUGGACUAAAUGGCAGAUCCAGAGCGUGGGAGAGCAUAAACCAAGAGGAGUUCGCUCAGCACUUUCAUCAGUCUGUACUGCAGUCCACUCAAACAACACAACAGAGACAGAAAGCAGGUGCCACAUUAGGAGCGAGUGAGCAUAUUGAUAAUGCAUCGCAUCAACCUCCAGGUCUCCAUAAGGCAUUCAACAAACCCCCUCAAACACAGACCAAUGGCCACACCCUCAAUAUACCACCCCAUAGAGACUCUCCGGGUGCGAGGCAGGAUCUUUCAGAUGAAGAAGGCAUCAGUACGGAUGAAGAUGAUGGAGAGGAGACUUUCAGUCCCAGGUGGAAAGGAAUUGAAGCAAUAUUUGAAGCAUAUGAGGAGUAUAUAGAAGAGAGAAGUUUGGAGCAUCAGGUUCUCCAAAGCGAGUGUAGACGUCUUGAGACGCACCAUUACAAUCUCACGCUGACAGCCGAGCAGCUCUCUCAGAGCAUGAGGGAUCUGUUGGCACAGAAGCACAAUCUGGCAUUAAAGAGAGAUCGUAUGCAGGCCGAACUGGAGCACUUGAAGAAAUGCCUGGCACUGCCCCUGUUUCAUUGGCACAGGGGACAUUACAAGAGACCCUCACCCAGGUGACCUCUCUCAACCUUAUGGUGUACCACUGAAACUAAUGGACGGUGAGGAUGAGGAGGGAGAGGACAAAGCUAUCAGUCAUUGUCUGGUGCCAAUGUCUGAUGCCUCACUGUGAUAUUCAGCACUGGAAACUCGCCCACCAGAUACAGUAUCUGAACAAAACAGGCAUCUGAAGAAUAUAAAUAUCUAUCACUUAACCCAAUCUGACAUUUAAAAGAUCAUUGCCAAGAAGGUGCAGAAAAGUAGUCCCAGACUAGAGAUCAAGACAUAAUGGCAUUAUUCCACAUGUAAAAGAUCUUGAUACAAUUCAAACUGACUUUGGAUCUUUCGUGCCCCACGCAGGGGAUGAGUUGCUAAAAUGUUUUUUUUUUCAGAAAUGUUCAGUUAAAAUAUUUUAAUAUUUAUACAGUUUCUUAAAGAAAUGUGAUUGUGUAAAAUACAAAUAUGUCAAAAUCACAUUUUAUAUGUUUUUAUUUUUAAUGAUUGAUUAUAAAAGGCCUGUCAUUUGGAAUAUAUAAAUAUUUUGUUUUUUUUGUGGAGGGAAGAUGUGUUGGUGGGGUACUGCUGGUCAGAAUGUUGAAAAUACGUGGAGGAAUAUUUAGGUGUAUUACGUUGGGAAUAUUGGCUUAGUUUAUUUACCCUUGUAGCACUCUUUAAACAAUGUUCCCAGUGUUUUUAUAUUCACUUUGGCAUUAAUCAAUCUCAGUCUUUCACUGUCAAAUACACAUAUAGCCACUAUAAUAAAUAUGGCUGACAAAAUACUAUUAUUAUUACAUAACCGAUGUGUUAAAUAUUUAUGUAAUAAUGCUUGUUACACACUUUUUUAUGAAAAUUAUUAUCAUUGAAAUGUCUUGUCAUUUGGCCACGAUUAUUAUAUCGUCAGCCUAGCUGCCAUAGAAACAGGUUAUGCAUUUGUAUACUUGGAUAUUAGUGCCACAAAACAUUCUCCAGCAGCACCUACUGUAAAAAAAGCCCAUACAAACUUAUUUAUAAUGAAAUUAAACGGCACUUCACCAGGUGAUAAACACUUGUUUCAAUAUAUACAAAUUUCCCAAAUUUGUUACUUAAGGACAUGAAGGUCUGUAGUUAGUAUUGCAACUUUAUAAUGGUUAAAAAAAAGAAUGAAGUAUGGAAAUGUAUCUAUUUGUAGGAAAUUAAAAGGAACGGCCAUAAAUGGUUGUGGCAAACAAAAACAAGUAAAAAAACUGUGAAUUGUUUUUAGUUGUAAUUUUUAGCGGAAUGAAAUGUAAGUUAAUAUAUUGUUUGUUGAAAGUAGAAAUGCUUAUUUAUAUUGGUAUUACUGCUAAAACGUCUUGUUUGAAAAGGUUUAAUUUCUUGCCAUAUUUUGUCUACAAAAUAAAAUUCUGUUGGAGAAAGUAAAAAAUGUGAUUUAGCUACAACUGUAACACAAUCUUUCAGUUGUUUCUUGAUCCUAUUUGAAUAAAAAAGAAAGAAAAUUUCAAUUUUAA